AUGCCCUUGAGGUCGCUGCCCAUGACCACAUUCACAGCGACAAUGACGGCGAGUACCAGUAUUCUCUCCAGCCCGGUGACCUCGCCCGCCACCACCGCGAUACUGGGCGGCGGCGGCGGCGGCGACAACCCCGGCAACGACCAAGACACGCUACGCAAAUGGUCCUCGCUCAUCGGCAUCAUCACCGCCAUUGUCGGCAACAUUCUCAUUGCACUGGCACUCAACGUCCAACGGUACGCGCACACCAAGCUCAACAAGAAGCGCGCACGCGUCAAGCAGCGCGCCCGCGCAAUUCUCGCUCGUGCGCAGAGCGGCAACCCGUCGCCCGGCUCAUAUGGCGCCAUCGCAGACACGGCCAACGGCCAUACCAACGGCAACGGGGCGGCCAGCGGCCAUUCAUAUGCUUAUACCAGCACCGAAACCGAUCCCUUGUCGGCGUCCUGUCUAUCCGACGCCACGACCGUCCCCGAGGACGCAGCCGCCACGGACACCACAUCCUCCAACUACCUCAAGUCGCCGUACUGGUGGCUAGGCCAGAUCCUCAUCACGCUGGGCGAGAUGGGCAACUUUCUGGCCUACGGCUUCGCGCCGGCGUCUAUCGUCUCGCCUCUCGGCGUCGUUGCUCUUGUGUCCAAUUGUAUCAUUGCGCCGGCCAUGUUUCAUGAAAAGUUCCGCCAGCGCGACUUCUGGGGCGUCGUCAUCGCCGUCUCUGGUGUUGUCACUGUCGUGCUGAGCGCCAAAACGGAAGAGACCAAGCUCAAACCUGGUGAUAUCCUUGACGCUAUCACGACUACGGCAUUUGAGAUUUACCUCGGAGUGACAAUAUCCCUGAUUGCGAUCCUGAUGUGGGCAAGCGGAAGAUAUGGCCGACACACGAGCCUGAUUGACUUAGGUCUCGUUGGCCUUUUUGGUGGCUAUACUGCCCUUGCCACGAAAGGCGUAUCAUCUAUGCUGUCAUCUACCCUUUGGCGAGCAUUCACUGCUCCUUUAACCUAUCUGUUAUUAUUUAUCCUUCUUAGUACGGCUAUCAUGCAAAUUCGUUACGUGAACAGGGCUCUUCAACGUUUCAACUCAACACAAGUCAUCCCCAUUCAGUUCGUCAUGUUCACGCUCUGUGUUAUCAUAGGUAGUGCGGUUCUCUACCGAGAUUUUGAGAAGACGACUCCCGAGCAAGCCUCCAAGUUUGUGGGCGGAUGCUUGCUCACAUUUUUUGGCGUGUUCUUGAUCACGAGUGGACGCCAGCGUAAGGACGAGGAUGAAGAUUAUAUAGAUGAUGCCGAGGGCGUCGACGAAACUUUCGGUUUGAUUGAUCAAGAAGGAAACCCAGUUGCAGAACCAGACAAUGACUCAAGGUCAGACGUGCCAUCUCGUCGCUCCAGCAGGGUCUCCCGUUUGAGUUUCUCAGAGCCGUUCAAGAUGUCGUACCAGGACGCUCUGAAGGAUUCCGCAACGACUCGUCCCAAGAAUUCAACGGAAACUCCACCUGCACGGGAACCGCCAACGCCUGGCACGCAGAGUAUUGAUUCGUGGCCACGCGUUACGCGGACGCUAUCCGCCAAUUCCGUCGCAUCAGCCCCGGUACUGCCAGUCACAGAUGUGCCCCCGUCACCACCAGCGCAGCGAGAAUCCCAAGCCGGCACCUUAGGCACAGAGCGGCCUGUCACGCCGCGUGCCAAUACAACCACGCCAAAAUCGACCAUCCGUGACCGGGACCGCACGUUUUACUCCCCGUCACCGCUAUACUCCACCGUCACCACAGUGGUCAAUAGUUUCGUCCAGAGCCCAUAG